CUUUGCCUCCUCUCUCCCUCUCAGAGUGAUGACAUCACGAACAGCCGGUAUGAAACCGACCAGUAGGAUUGCAGCAUAGCAGUGGUGCUGACUCCAUUCUCUCUGCCCCUCUCCCUCCUCUCUCACUCGCUCUCUCUCUCUCUCUCUCUCUCGCUGCCCUCUCAUUUCUCCACACCACUGCUAACAUGGCUGAGGCAUUCACAGGCACAUGGAACCUGAAGGAGAGCAAGAACUUUGAUGAAUACAUGAAGGCUCUGGGUGAGAAGCGUGUGUGUGUGUGUAUGUGUGUGUGUGUGUAUGUGUGUGUGUGUUUUAUGCAUGCGGGUGUGUGUGGAGUAACAGUCAAGUGGUGAAGCAUGGGGUGUGCCUUCCUCCCUCCCUGCCUGCUGGUGCAUGUGGGAAGGGUGUGACUGUUCAUGAAUACUUAAAAGUGUGUGUUUGUUUGCAGCCACAUUUGUGUAUUUUUGUGCAGAUGUGUGUGUGUGUGUUUGUGUUUUGAGAACACACACACAUAUGCGCAAAAAUACACACACACACACACACACAUGUGCAGGUGUGUGUAUUUGUGCGCGCCCCCCAUAUGUGUGUGUGCAUGUAAGUAGCAGAGCAUGUGUGUUUAAAGGGAUAAUGCAAUGUGUUAACGCUAGGCGUGGGAAAACAGGGUGUGUGUGAGGCCCUUUAUCUACUUCCCAAGAGUCAGAUGAACUCGUGGAUACCAUUUGUAUGUCUCUGUGUGCAGUUAGAAGGAAAUUGCUAACUAGCGUUAGCGCAAUUGCUAACUAGCGUUAGCGCAAUGACUAGAAGUCUAUGGUAACUGCUAGCAUGCUAGUAGCAUACGCUAACACUAUUUAGCUCGAGAAACUACCUCUAACUUUCUUCAUACUGGAUGCAGAGACAUGAAAACGUUAUCCAUGAGUUCACAUGAAGUAGAUAAAGGGAUUCAUUGAUAAUGCAGAUGUUAAUGCCAGGCGUGGGAAAACUGGGUGUGGUCAGGAAAAAAGAGAGAGAAGGAAGAGGGAAGAGAGAGAAAGGGACAGAAGGAGCAAGAGAGAGAGAGAGGUACUAAAACAGUGGAGGCUGGUGGGAGGAGCUAUAGGAGGAUGGGCUCAUUGUAAUGGCUUGAAUACAAUCAAUGGAACGGAGCCGAACAUGUUUCCAUGUUUGAUGUGUUUGAUACCGUUCCAUUUAUUUAAUUCCAGCCAUACGGCUGUUGGUAGAGUUGGUAGAGCAUGGCGCUUGCAAUGCAAGGGUUGUGGGUUCGAUUCUCACGGGGGGCAAGUAUGAAAAAAAUGUAUGCACUCACUAAAACUGUAAGUCGCUCUGGAUAAGAGCGUCUGCUAAAUGACUAAAAUGUAAAAUUACAAUGAGCCCGUCCUCCUAUAGCUCCAGCCUACACUGGAACAGAAAAAGAGGGAGAUAGAAAAUCAGGAGAGAGAGAAUGGGGGAGGGGGAAAUGUCCCCACUGUGAGAAACUCUUUAUGGUCUGCACCGUGCGCACGCACGCACACACACACACAAGGGGGUGAAAUUCUCUGAAAGAGCGUUCCUUGUCUAAAGCUAGCGUUGUGAGGAGGGGUUGAAUAUUAACAUAGUAUGUGUGCGACCCCUGUUCGUUGACCCCAUGGGCGUUAUUAGCAUCGACCUGUCUGCUCUUGUCACCAUGGUAAUGACCCCCAAACCCAGACCCAACUCUCCUGAUCCUGCAGGCAGGCGACACACACUGGCUGUUUGUUGUUGUGUGAAUUGUGUGAGUGUGUCACAUUUAGCCUUGGGAGAUAAACUCAGCUGCUACAGAAACGUUACUUUAGUUCAGGGGAGAAGGACUGUACUCUAGAACGUACCCCUCCACACUCAGCUCGGUCAAUGGGUCUGAUGACUUUGACUGAAUGUUUAAAGAAAAACACACGAAAAUAGAGAUUAGAGUGUGUGAGAAUUAGAUGCAGUCAGUUACACGUCGUGAAUCCCCAAAAGUGUUGGUGCAUGGGUGAGUUCGUUCGUGUGUUGCGUUGGGUUUUUCCUCAGAAAUGAAUGUAUGCAUUAAGGGUGUGGCAGUAUUGGCAGCAGCAGCAGUAGUAUAUAACUACACAUCCAGAUGAAAUCUAAAGUGUAUUUCUAAUCAAAGACGAGAGCGCUAGUCUACAACAGUCUCAUCCAGAAUCUGAAGUGUUAACUUUUGAUUGACAGGCGUGGGCUUUGCAACACGCCAGGUUGGCAGUAUGACCAAGCCCACCACCAUCAUCGAGGUGGCUGGAGACACGGUCACUCUGAAGACACAGAGCACCUUCAAGAACACCGAGAUCACCUUCAAACUGGGGGAGGAGUUCGACGAGACCACCGCCGACGACAGGAAGGUCAAGGUAAGAGGUCAGGAGUUAAGGGUUAGGGCCUGUAUUCAAGAAGAGUGUCAGAGUGGGAGAGCUGAUACAGGAUCAGUUUAGCCUUUUAGGUCAUAAUAAAUAAGAUUAUAUGGACAGGAAUGACCUGAUCCUAGAUCAGGAUGCUGAGACACUUUGUGAAUACGGGUCCAGGAGUCAGGAGAGGUCCAGGGAGAGGAGGGGUCCAGGGAGAGGAGGGGUCCAGGGAGAGGAGGGGUCCAGGGAGUCAGGAGGGGUGCAGGGAGUCAGGAGGGGUACAGGGAGUCAGGAGGGGUCCAGGAGUCAGGAGGGGUGCAGGAGUCAGGAGGGGUCCAGGGAGUCAGGAGGGGUCCAGGGAGAGGAGGGGUACAGGGAGUCAGGAGGGGUCCAGGGAGAGGAGGGGUACAGGGAGUCAGGAGGGGUACAGGGAGUCAGGAGGGGUCCAGGGAGUCAGGAGGGGUCCAGGAGUCAGGAGGGGUCCAGGGAGUCAGGAGGGGUGCAGGGAGAGGAGGGGUCCAGGAGUCAGGAGGGGUCCAGGGAGUCAGGAGAGGUCCAGGGAGAGGAGGGGUCCAGGGAGUCAGGAGGGGUCCAGGAGUCAGGAGGGGUCCAGGGAGUCAGGAGGGGUCCAGGGAGAGGAGGGGUCCAGGAGUCAGGAGGGGUCCAGGGAGAGGAGGGGUCCAGGAGUCAGGAGGGGUGCAGGAGUCAGGAGGGGUCCAGGGAGAGGAGGGGUACAGGGAGUCAGGAGGGGUCCAGGGAGUCAGGAGGGGUCCAGGGAGAGGAGGGGUACAGGGAGUCAGGAGGGGUCCAGGGAGUCAGGAGGGGUCCAGGGAGUCAGGAGGGGUCCAGGGAGUCAGGAGGGGUCCAGGGAGUCAGGAGGGGUGCAGGGAGUCAGGAGGGGUCCAGGGAGUCAGGAGGGGUCCAGGAGUCAGGAGGGGUCCAGGGAGUCAGGAGAGGUGCAGGGAGUCAGGAGGGGUCCAGGGAGUCAGGAGGGGUCCAGGAGUCAGGAGGGGUCCAGGGAGUCAGGAGUGCUAAGAGACUGACCUAAGUCCUAGAUGGCUAGCUGAUGAUUAUAGUCAUACUUUAUGGUGGGUGUAGAAACAGUAUGUUUUUAUUAUUUUUAUGGCUAACGCAUUCAACUUUACAGCUAAAACGCAUUAUGAUGCCGUUAUAAUGCAUUGUAAGAGUUGUCAUGAGUGUGUUUCCUUAUAAUGUGGUGAAAGGUCAGAGGUCAGGGGUCAGGGGUUAGGGGCUGGGAGGUAUGAUGGAUUAUAGCUAAAUGGUUGUAUCUGCCAUGACAUCCAUCAGAGGUCUCAGUAGGAGAGCAAACGGUUUCAAACAGACUUACCACCUGAAUCAAACAGACCGACAGAGACAGAGGCCUUGCAUUGUUGUGUGGGUCAGUUAGGGUUGAGGCGUCAAAGAUAAGAGGUGAGAGGUCAAGGAUGAUGAAUUGUAGCUGUGUGACAAGAGACAAAUGCUACAUGGAUCAGAGAGAGAAAGAGAGAGAGACAGAGAGACAGAGAAGAGAGAGAUGAGGGAGAGAGAGAGAGAGAGAAGAGAGAGAGAGAGAGAGAUCGAGAGAGAGAGGAGAGAGAAUAGAUAUUGAGUAUAUAGAGUACCGCUGAGAGCAGCUAGACGCGACUUCAGCUCUAAACGCGCACUUCUUUCUCGUCUAGCUAUACUCAGCUACGCUCUGAGGAACAGAGAGAGACACACAAUGUCUUAUUGUUGAGGAAUGGUUACUCGUGAUAGGGUGUGUGUGUGUGUGUGUGUGUGUGUGUGUGUGUGUGUGUGUGUGUGUCUAGUAACCUCAACUCUUGAUAGGUGGACACAUACACUCUUAGAAAAAAGGGUUCCAAAGGGGCUCUUUGGCUGUCCCCAUAGAAGGACCCUUUUUGGUUCCAGGUAAAACCUUUUUUGGUUCAAGGUAGAACCCUUUUUUUCCCCUCUGUAGAAAGGGUUUUACAUGGAACCCAAAAUAGUUAUUCUAUGAGACAGCCGAAGAACUGUUUUAGGUUCUAGAUAGCCUACAGUACACUCAUAGAAAAAAGGCGCUAUCUGCAGGUAUUCUUUAUCUGCAAUUACACACACAUUAACCUCAGUCUCAAACCCACUGAGACUCUUCCUUUAUCAGGUUGCACCUUCUUAUCUCCUCUCCAGUUUCCCCAGUCAGUGGCGUGUGGCGUGUGUUCAUAACUCAUUGGUCUCUUUCUCUUUCUAGUCCCUGAUAACGGUAGACGGUGGUAAGAUGGUUCACGUGCAGAAGUGGGACGGCAAGGAGACCACUCUGGUCCGUGAAGUCAGCGGCAACGCCCUCGAACUGGUCAGUACUGAGUGUGUGUGUGUGUGUGUGUGUGUGUGUGUGUGUGUGUGUGUAUGAGUGUGUGUACGUGUAUCGGUGUUAACUGUUACAUGUAGGAAUGUGUGUGUGUUGUAGAUCUAACUCUCCUCUCCUCUCCACAGACACUGACUCUUGGUGAUGUCAUCUGCACACGCUCCUACGUCAAGGCCGAGUAACAACGUCCCCCAAAAAACUCCACUAUCCGUUGCCGCACCUGCCCACCCCUAACCCCCAUCCCCACUGUGAAGAUCUCUAACCCCUGUCUGACCUCUAACCCCAAACCCCUCCCAUGUUGUCCAUCUCUUGGUAGUGCUUCUCCUUUGAAACACUGAAUAAAUACCACUGUGUUUAUUUUCUUCUCUAAA